AGAUUCUUACUUCUAUGUACUUAUUUUGAUCCAUAUCUAAUGGAUACGAUAGCUUCUUCAGUUUCUCGAUACUUGUACGGUACGAUGAUAUUGAAGGUACUUCAACCUGGAAUAGACUGAUAUUUUUUUAUCUAAAAAAUUACAAAUGCCGGAUAAUCGACAAGAAACGACCGAUACCCAAUCGCAGGCUGUGCAACAAAUGCAGGAUCUUUUGUGUACAGAUCGAAACGAGACGGAAAAUGCGGAGAUAAUAGAGAAGAUGGUAUGUGGUUUACACAAUCUGCAAAUCGGAGAUUCGACUCCUAUGCCUUUACACCUAUCUAAAUUAGAGAAACAGGUGAAACACAUCGUGCACAACAUCGACAAUAUCAUAUACACGGAGCCCGCGACCCCCGUGGAGACGCACUCGAGCCAGGGCCAGGGCGACGUGCACCAGAUAAUCCACGACGCGGUGAUCGAGAUGGCGGCGGACCCGACCUGCACCCGCCUCACCGAGAAGGUGACCGACAGUUCCGAGGCGACCAGGGUGUCCACCAGCCUGAUCUAUCGAAUGAUCGAGGAGCUCGAGUCGAGGAUGGGGGAGCACAGCAAGGAGGAGCGCGGGAACAACGAGUCCGGGCCGGCCGUGAGCAAGGAGAAGAUCGAGGUCUGGGAGGAGUCCGAGGAGCAGUUCAUAAGGACCAUCGAGAGUAUCGACGACCCCGAUCAAAAUUACGUGGAAUCGAUCCCCGAGAGCAGGACAGACGUUUGCGACUUCGCCUACGACGGCCUCGCGUCGUCCUUCGUCGGUUCCUCGACACCGUUCCCGAAGAACUCCUCCCUGGAGGAGGUGGCCAUCGAGGACAUCACGCCCUCCCCCCUGCCGCCCGACGCGGACCAACGCCCGUCCGGGAAAACGAAGAGCCUCACCCACAACGAGACGCAGUCGGAGGAAACGAAGAAGAAGGGUAUCCUGAGCAGAACGAGGAAGCUGUUCCGCACGAUUUUCGGCCGUCGAAAGAAUGAUUUUCCAUCGGGAGCCAUCGGCCGGUUGUCCAGCUUUUUUUUCCUCUCUCUCUGUCUCUCUCUCUCUCUCUCUUCCUCUCCUCCUCCUCCUCGACGGAACGGAAUAUCGACGAGCAAUCUAUCUGUCUGUUAA